UGGCAUUUUUUUGCUGAGAAGUCGAGGUCUGAACGUGCUUGACAAACUCAUUUCCUGGAGAACAACAUGAAAAAGCAGAUGUGGCCAAUGGAGGAAAGCUGCUGCUCACACGCCCGUUCAGUGGUUUUCCUUUAUUGAGCUUCAGCACACAGCGACUGCAUCACUUCACUGCAUGUGCCACUCAAUGGAAAAUGGGUUCUAUCGACGUCUUUGGUGUCAUGUAUAUUGCUGCUCUCUGUUCUGCUCUGGCUUACGAGGAUGCAAAAGCGUGAGUAUAUGCUCACUUCCUGGUUCGCUCCUAUUCCGUUUCGCUUCACUGUCACCGGGUCCCAGCCUCAGUUAAACGUACUCAUUGACUCAGGAGUCACUUCCAUGUUGAUGGACAUUGUGCCAACCAGUGCUCCGCCAAAUGAAAACAAGACGAUCUAUGUCACCUCCAUGUUCAGAAACAUUUUCCCAACGAGUGAAGCAUCAACUGAGACGCAGACAGUCUAUGAGCCUCCAGUCCCAUCACUGCAACUGCAGUCCAACUGGUGGGACGUGUUCCCCUUUGAGAAAGCAGACUUUGUAUGUAGUGUCAACAGCAGCUCUGACUGGAGCUUCAUUUGGUACAGAAAUGGCCAGCGCUUGCAUGACGUAGACCAAAAUGUCUCAUCCAAUCUGUCCAACCAAGCGGCACUCACGAUCACCGCAGAAUCUCAGGCGGAAUCUGGAAUGUACUCUUGUAAAGCUCAUCACGAAGUGAAGGGCGAGUCCAUCCUCAGUAACCGAAUUGAACUGAAAGUUUAUGCAAACAAGCCCAAACCAAUGUUGGUGCUUAACCCCAAGUUGCAGAAAAUGUUCCCUGGAGAAUCUGUCACCUUCCAGUGCGUAAUGGACGUUCCCUCUGGAUGGCACUACAUGUGGUACCACAAUGACAAGCAAAUCCCAGGAUCUCUUGAAAACAGUUUCAGAAUAAUUUCUUUAACAGUGUCCGACAGUGGUCGUUACCACUGCAAAGCCAAGAGAGGACAAAAUCCUUUCUACACAGAGCAGAGUGAAACAUCAAUGCUGGAGGUCUCUGAACCACCCACGCCAACCGUGAAGCUGCGGACUUCUUGGUCAGACGUCUUCCAAAUGGAAAGCGUGGAGCUGACUUGUGAUGUGGUCAGACCUAACUGGACAGUCACUUGGCACAGAAAUGGAGUGGCGCUCCAAGAGGACCCGGCGCUGGUUCUGAGCUUCGGCGGAACUCUUCUUAACAUCACCUGUGCUUCUCGAGCCCACGGGGGAAGAUAUGCCUGCAAAGCUCACCUCAAGUUCAGGGGAGUCAGCUCUGAUUUCAGCAACACCACAAGUGUUACAGUCUACGAAAAUAUCCCGAAACCAUCACUCAGCAAGUAUCCUGUUGUGACCUUGAUGUAUGUUGGAGAAACCGUCACAUUCACCUGCAAAGUUGAUGUGGGGUCUGGUUGGGUUUACCACUGGUUCAAAGACGAAAAGAAGCUCGUGGCUACAGACAAAACCCUUCGAAUCAAACUCAGCCCUCAUGAUGGGGGGAUCUAUUGGUGCAAGGCCACCAGGGGCCAAAGAACAGCGACGGACAUCAGCGACAGGAUGACUCAAGAGGUUCUCGAAAUUCCUCUGCCAUCUUUGACGAGAAAGAGUCAGUGGGCCGAUGUGUUCCCCACCGAGAGUGUGACACUUAGCUGCACGAUGGUCAACAGUUCUGGGUGGACGUAUAUGUGGCACCGAGACAAUCGGGUGAUCCCCAGUGAUGACGCCGUGUCUUUUGGGCCGGAUGGAGCAACCCUGUCCAUCCACUCUGCUUCGACUUCUCACAAAGGACAGUACUGCUGCUGGGGGAAGCUCAAAGACAGGGCUGUAAGCAGCAACUGCACAUCUGGAAUGACCCUCAUGGUUUAUGACAACAAACCAAUCGCCAAACUGGGGCAGGACCCGGAGGACGUGGUUAUGCACUCUGGAGAUUCCGUCUCGUAUAGCUGUCACAUCAACCAGUCCUCUGGAUGGGAGUACGUGUGGUACCAAGAUGACACUCGGCUCACAGUAUCUGGAAACAAUUACACAAUACCUUCUGUGGACAAAACAAACACUGGAUCAUAUAAAUGUGAAGCAGUCAGAGGGAGAACUACUAGUAUCUUCAAAACGGAACAAAGUCAAGCUUUAAGGCUCCAAGUUGAAGAACGGCCAUCAGCAAAUAUAAUGGUCUUAACCGGCUGGUCUGAGGUCUUCUCCACUGACAGUCUUGUGCUUAUGUGUGAGGUGAAAGGUAGCGAGGAAAUGUGGACCUUCAAAUGGUUUAAGGAAGGCCAGUGGAUCAUGAACUCAUCAUCUGACAAAUACACGGUAACACCCCAGAAUGACCCUGCGCAGAGCCAGUACAUUUGCCAGGGUAUUCACAGCGGGCGACCUUCUUACUCCCAACGCAGCGAUGCUCUCGCAACGAAGAACUUAUUGUUAAAGAGGCGGGUGCUUCUUUCCAUCUCCGGCUGUAUCCUCUUUGGUAUCAUUGCUGUUUUCUUCGGCUGCGUUGUUCUCAGAGUCACCAGAAGAAAAGACCACGAUGAAGGGCCAGAGGAGGCCGAGCUCUUCCUCACCAUGGCUCAACUCAAGGACCGUGAUGACGCUCCUUGUCCACUGGUUGAUUACAUCACAGAUGAGAAAUUAAACGAUCUAGCAAAAGAAGGAGCGGACGUUUGUAGUGAAGAAACGCCACUGCCCGUAACCUCUCCGGAUGACCAAGUUGUGACAACGGAGAGCUGUGAAAAACCUCCAUCGGAGGAAGGUGCUCUGGUUUCCUUUCAACACUGAUCUGCCGACGAUGUCUGUGUUGAAGUAUUUGAAGCCUGCAUUCAACAGCCAAAGAAAAGUUGAUGAAAAUAACAACAUACCGUAUGAGACUGGCUGGCGGUGCAAAUGAAAAGUCAAAUCUCCACUGAUGCACAUUGCACAUUUUAUUGGUUGCUUCAAAGUGUAGGAUUCUAUUUUUUUUUAGCUCAUUUACGUUUCGUUAAAAUAUUUUGGAACAUUUACUUUGUCAGCGGGCGGCCCGCUAGUCCAGCGGUUAGCACGUCGGCUUCACAGUACAGAGGUACCGGAUUCGAUUGCAGCUCUGGCCUCCCUGUGUGGAGUUUGCAUGUUCUCCCCGGGCCUGCGUGGGUUUUCUCCGCGUGCUCUGGUUUCCUCCCACAUUCCAAAAACAUGCGUGGCAGGCUGAUCGAACACUCUAAAUUGUCCCUAGGUGUGAGUGUGAGCGUGGGUGGUUGAUCGUCUAUGUGUGCCCUGCGAUUGGCUGGCAACCGAUUCAGGGUGUCCCCCGCCUACUGCCUGGAGACAGUUGGGAUAGGCUCCAGCACCCCCCGCGACCCUAGUGAGGAUCAAGCGGCUCGGAAGAUGAAUGAAUGAAUACUUUGUCAGCUGUCCACGCGACCCAUGAGGAAAAGCGGAGUCAUGGAUGGAUGGAUACUUUGUCAGCUUCCUUACCCUCACUGCAUGACAGAAGCCCAUCGCUAUUCAUUUAUGCCCGACUCAUCCAGCAAACACCAGAUUAGACAAUUUUGAUAAAUCUUAAAGACAAGAGUUGUACCUUUAAUGUAAAUGUGACAGCAACAUUUGUUCUCUGUCUGUCUGUUGUGGCCUGUUGGAUAAUAUGUGACGAAUAAAACGACAAUUAAAAAAAUA